UUCUAUGGUUUGUUCUAUGUUGUGGCGAUAUUACCACUUAAUAAGUUAAAGCUAAUUAGAACAUACUGCAAAUAGUAUAAUUAUUUACAGAAUAUUAUCGUAAUGUCACUUCUUACAAGAAAUUGUCAAAAAAUUUUUAUUCAAACACUUCAAACAACUUCUUUAAGAAAUUUUCACAGCGCAUUGACCGACAAAAAUGCUGCGCAGCAUAUUGAAGAACGACCUGACAGUAGGAUAAAAGCCACAUUGAUUCCUGGAGAUGGUGUAGGGCCAGAGCUAGUAUAUUCAGUCCAAGAAGUUUUUAAAGCAGCAGGUGUUCCUGUAGAUUGGGAAUCAUAUUUCUUUUCUGAAGUCAAUCCUUCUUUGAGCGCACCAUUGGAGGAAGUUGCUAGGUCUAUUAGUAAAAAUCGGGUUGCACUGAAAGGAAUUUUGGCAACACCAGACUAUUCCCAUACAGGGGAAUUACAAACUUUAAAUAUGAAAUUAAGAAAUGCAUUGGAUUUAUAUGCUAAUGUGGUUCAUGUUAAAUCACUACCAGGCAUUAAAUGCCGUCACAGCAAUAUUGACUGUGUUAUUAUCAGAGAACAGACGGAGGGAGAGUACUCCGCUCUUGAACAUGAGAGUGUAAAAGGUGUUGUGGAAUGUUUAAAAAUUGUUACAGCCAAAAAAUCCCAAAGGAUCGCCAAAUUUGCUUUUGAUUAUGCUAUUAAAAAUAAUAGAAAGAAAGUCACUGCAGUGCAUAAAGCCAAUAUUAUGAAACUGGGAGAUGGACUUUUUUUGAGAAGUUGUGAAGAGAUGGCAAAGUUGUAUCCUAAAAUUGAAUUUGAAAAAAUGAUUGUGGAUAAUUGUACAAUGCAAAUGGUUUCUAAUCCACAACAGUUUGAUGUCAUGGUCACACCCAAUCUCUAUGGCAACAUAGUAGACAAUUUAGCCUCUGGUCUUGUUGGUGGAGCAGGCGUGGUAUCUGGCUCUUCUUACUCCGCGGAAAGUGUUGUAUUUGAACCAGGAGCCCGUCACACAUUCUCAGAAGCUGUUGGAAAAAAUGUCGCCAAUCCUACUGCAAUGUUGCUUUGUGCAUCAAAACUGUUGCGACAUGUAAACCUGCCCUUUUAUAGUGAAAUGAUUAGAAAUGCGGUUGAAAAAGUUCUGCAAGAUGGUAAAGUUCGUACAAAGGAUAUUGGUGGACAAUCCAGUACUCAAGAGUUUACAUAUGCUGUUAUUGGAAGUCUCGAAUUACCAAAAAAUUGAUAAAAACUGGUAAAUAUUUUUCUAGAUCUUACUAUGCUUAGGGAUUAGCUGCUGAUUGUUUUGACGCGUAAUUUAUAUAAUUUUAUAAAUGCUCCUUUACUAAAUAUAAGAUGUAAUUUGCAUAAAAAUUAUCCAAAAGUUUCGCAAAACAAAACGAUUUAUUGUUGUGUUAUACUUAUUUUAAAAAUGCAGACCAUUUAGUAUUAUUGUAUAUUUCCUGUUAUUUAUAUUUGUUGUUAUGGACCUGAGUAAAUUAUGCAGUGUUGUUA